AUGGAUAAUAACAAUCCUAAAGCACGUCAGGCAUUCAUUGACCUUGAUAAUGCUAGAUGUAAUGAAACAUGGUCGAUUAUCCCCGAAUUAGCAAAACGAUAUAAAAAAUAUCAUCCAAAUGAAUCAGUACUUGAAUUUACGGCAAGAAUGGAAGCUGAGUUUAUAGUAUUAACCAGACAAAUUCGUUAUGGCAUGAUAGAUAAUGGAAGCAGUCAUCAUGAUGAGUCUAAUGAUAAUAUAACAUAUCCUACUACUCUUGCUUUUAAAAGAGAGAUAGAUUGUUGGUAUCAAUUAGAUGACCCAAAUCAUAUCUCUCUUCCACCAAAAACUCAACCUUCUCAAGCACAACUUAUUCUUGUAAGGUUAUUAGAUGUUAUACAAAGGCAGAUCAAAGCAGGUGAAUUAUUAGAAACGUCUGAUGAUUGGCAGAUACAGUUUUCCAAAAUCAUUUUGGCUCGAAUCUUUUUUGAAACAGGCCGUUAUGAGAAGGCUUUUGAAUGGUUACAACAUAUAGCUUUAAAGUUAGAAGAUGUUGAAUCUGGUUAUGGUCUUGUUUUAUUAAUUCAAGCAAGAUUUAUUAAAGGUGUCUGUUUUGAGUUACAAGAAAAUUAUUCAGAUGCUUUAGAUUCUUAUUCAAAUGCCCUCAAAGUAGCUGAACAGCAUCCUGAAGAGAAAAAUAAUGCUUUGUUCUUUUGGUUAGAAGACUGUCUUUAUCGAUCUAUUUUGUUACAAUUACGUAAAAAAGGGCCUGUCAAACAAACAUUAAAACUUAUGCGAACUUAUCUAAAUUAUUGCCAAACACAAUGGUUAGCAGAUUGGCGUAGUUAUAAACGGUGGGUUAUAUUUCGUCAUUAUAUACGUUAUUUAACAAGAGCUUAUCAAAAGGGUCUUUAUGUACCUGAAAGUCCCAACGAUGAAUACACAAUAUCUGAUACAGUCGGUACCUCAUCAAGACUCACAAAAGAUAAUUUAAGUGAAAGUUCAAAUUCUGCCCUUCAUGAAAUAAUGACACUCUUAAAUCAAUUUCGUUCCCUUUUGUCAAAUGUUUUUGUUCCACUUUUACAGACAUCAAAUCCAAUGGAUUUACAUCAUCGAACCUUAGAGUUAUCGAAUCUUCUAGUGACUGCACAUGAAGCUAUAGGAUGGGGGAAAGAUGAACUCUAUCUUCAUCGUCUUGGCCAGUUCUUUCAUCGGUCUCAAAAAUGGAUUCAAACAGAUAGUUUAUGCAUGACAAGACAUAGGUUCUGUAUCCUUGUUCGAUUAAAGAAUAGGAUGGAAGAAGCUAAAUUAGCAUUUAUACAUUAUUCAAAAUUGUUGGGAAUACCUCUACCUAAUCAUUAUCAACAGCAGGAUGAUGAUGAUGAUGAUGAUUGUAUGGAAAAUAGGGUAGAAUCUAUACGAAACAAAUUAAACAAGCUUAUUCAGCAAUCAUUAAAGACAGCUAAUAAAAAUGUAUCCAAGCUAGAGUCAUUCCUCUCCUCAUGGAUGAUGGAUUAUCCAGAGAGCGAUGAACUCUUCUCUUCUGUAAGGAAACCACCUAUAGGAUCAUUUGAAAAUGAUUCAGAGUUUGAUGUUGUACGACUCUUGUUGAUUGCCUCACAGCAAAUUUAUGGUCAACACGAUAAGGGAGGAUAUGAAUCAAGCAUGCAAACUCAAUUAGCAGUAGCCAUUUUAGAGGGGUCUGUGCAUUUAAAAAAGAAAAAACCGGGACAAUGGAAGAUACUGAUGGCACAAAGCAAAAGGAUGAAUGGAGUUGCUUAUGGAUUAUAUGCUUCACAAUGUCAAAUUGAAAAGCCACGCUUCAAAUAUUUAACACAAUCUAUAUCGUCUUUAAAGAAUGCUUCUGAGCUAGACACCCGAUCAUGGCAAACAUUUUAUGAAUUAGGUUUACAGCAAACUAUCAUGGGAGAUAUCACGUCUGCUAUUACGUCUAUUCAACGAUCCAUCAAGCUCAAAGAAGAUUUCAUUCCUAGUUGGCACCUCUUGGCACUCUUAUACUCUUCUCGUCAAUUAUAUGCUUUACCAAAGUCCUUGGAACUUAUUCAGCAAUGUCAUAAUGACCAUUAUAAAAGAUUAUUUGAUAUGGAGAAAGUGAUGACAUUAGAUACAGAGGAAGGACAAGAAUUCUUUGAGAGAGCUGAGAGUUAUAUAAAAAUGCAAAUGACACAAGUCACUAUCUUGGAGAUCCUGGAGGGUUCAGAAGCUGUUUUAGAUGCCUAUUUAGAUUUAUUUAAUCUGUAUGCCAAGUUAUCUAAAAAAAUGAAUCUUCCCAUCAGUAAGAACAACUUAUUAAUAAUAGCUAAAAAAAAGAAGGAAGAGGAAGAGGAAGGGGAAGGGAAGGAGGAGGAGAGGGAGAAAUAUCGACAAAGAUCCAUUGCCUCUAGGGACCGAAAUGAUAACAGUAGAAGGUCAUCCAUUUCACGUCCUCGUUCAUAUUCAGCUACUAUAAGCAGAAUAACACGUAAUGAUGAUGAUGAUGAUGAUGUUCAAAGUUUGAGCUUAUCUCAAUAUAGCUUACAUAGCCAAAACCCAAUAUUAGCUGUAGUUAACGAAAAUGAUCAUAGUAAUACUACACAACAAGAAAUAUCCUAUUUCACAAUGUUACAAAAUCAAAUAGAAAACGUGAAUAAUGAUAAUAAUUCAACAGCAAAAAGCAAUAAAAAACAUACAUCUCGACAACUUAUAGAUGAUCCUUUAUUGAGUUUCCCUAUAUCAACUAGAAUAAAAAAGGAAAGAAAGGAAUCAAUAAAUAGUAGUAGUGAUAAUAGGAGAAAAUCACAUUUCUUGAGUUUUAAAACUUCAUUUCGUAAUAGCAUCAGCCAUCCUUUGAUAGGCACAACAGCUACUGUAACAACAACAACAACUACUACUGCUGCUGCUGCUGCUGCUGCUGCUGCUGUUGCUGCUUUAAAUACUAAUAAUAAUGAUAAUAGCAAUGCCAAUAUCGAUUGCAAUGAUAUGAAUAAUGAACAACGCGUUCAUAAUGGAAACUACUCUUCGUCAAGUUUACUUAAAACUACUAAUAAGCAAUUAUCAUCUACUCUACUAACAAACCAGAAAUCAAGUAGUUUAUCGUCUCAAAUAAGCUUAGAUGUCCAAAAAAAUAAAGCAACAUUCAAACAUGGUUAUGAUAGACAACAUGAGUCAAGAUGGCGUUCAAUCCUUGUUCGAAUCUGGAUCAUGGUCUGUAAUAGCUACCAAAAUUUACAACAAUUUGAAGAAGCAUUCAAAGCCAUUGAAGAAGCGGAGCAACUUACUUAUGGUCAUGAUGCAGAUGUAUGGCAUCAAGUUGGUUUAUUAAAGAAUGAUGAUAAAAUGGCAUUAGAAGCAUUUAAAAAGGCUUUAUCAAUUGAUCCUAAUCAUAUAGCUACUCAUAUCUCAUUAGCAUCUCUUUAUUUAAGUAUGAAAGAAUUUGAUUUAGCAGAAGACUUGUUACAGAAUGUGACUCAUGGAUUAGGUUGGAAUCAACCCAAAGCAUGGUAUUUACUUAGCCAAGUUUAUAAAGAACAAGAACAUAUUCAAGAUGCAAAAAACUGUUUGCUGUAUGCAAUAAAACUAAGUGAUAUUCAACCCAUUAUUUAUUCAUUUGAUCGAUUAUUACCUCGGUUUGUUUAA